AUGGGGAAGGUGAAAGGAAAACAUCGUCAAGACAAGUAUUACCACUUAGCCAAAGAUGCCAGAUACCGUUCAAGGGCAGCAUUUAAGCUCAUGCAACUCGAUUCCAAAUUCUUCUUUUUGCAUGCAUGUAAAUCUGUUCUUGAUCUUUGUGCCGCUCCUGGUGGUUGGAUGCAAGUAGCCGUCAACAAAGUGCCCGUUGGCAGCCUUGUUUUAGGUGUAGACAGAGAUCCUAUUAGGCCAAUUCGGGGUGCAAUUUCUAUACAAGAAGAUAUUACGACUUCUAGGUGUAGAUUGACUAUUAAAAGAAUUAUGGCUGAGAAAGGUGUUGGAGGGUUUGAUUUGGUUCUUCACGACGGAUCUCCUAAUAUUGGUGGUGCUUGGGCUAUGGAAGCUACUGUGCAGAAUGCUUUGGUCAUUGAUUCUGUUAAGCUUGCUACUGAUGUUUUGGCUCCUAAGGGAACUUUUGUUACUAAGGUACGUAUGGAGGUUUUGAAUAUUAGCGGAUUAUAUGAUUAUCAUAUUCAUAUGUAGUGGCGAAGACAUGAUUUUUGCUAAGGGGUUCAAAAAAAUCAAAGGAAACAACUGUCAAUGAAACUCAAACUUGAGUGCUCAUGAAAAUUUAAAUCUAUUUACCGCUGAGCCAAGCUUUUGUUUUGUGUUAAGGGUUUCAAAUGAACCCGCCCCUUCAUAAUUUUCAUUAUGGGAUAUUUUAUAGGGAUAGUUACAUUUUGGGAUCGCUCAAAAGAAAAAUAGCCAGCAAAUAUAUAGGUUUCGUACUAUAUUAAGUAUAAAUGUACUAUAAUAUUCAUGUCGUAUACACGAAAUAUACAUUUAUAUACAAAAUAUAUAUAAUGUAUACAUAAUCAAUGUAUAGGUUUUGUAUAUUUUGGCUA